CGCGAAAAAGGCUCGUUUGGUUUGGGGGCGGAAAAGACGACGAGGGAAGCCCCAGUCCAACUCGACGACAUCGCCUUUACUACCGCCUCCCCACCGACAAAACACCCACAACAGCUGCCAAUCGCAUCGCCAACAUGUCGUUCCUCGGAGUUGCCCUUCCCAAGAAGUUCCCGACGCCAGUUCUGAAGCCGCUGGCGCCCUUCUUCGCCGCCGGCCUGGUCAUCGCAUACGGCAUCAACAGUGCACAGAACGCCAUGAUGAAGGGCGACGAGUGGAAGAACGACCCCAGGAACAAGGGCGCGAAGCACUAGACACGGAUACGAGGACGACAUGGCUUUAUCAUCGACACAGCCCGGUCUAUGCGGGGCCGGAGCGCCCUGUGACCGCUUAGAAUUUGGCGCAACUGUACCAUAGAGGUCGAAACAAAAGGAAACGAUGCACCAACGAUCGUCUUGAUCGAACCGUCUGCAGCCUAGGAGGAGUGAUGGCAUAUAUUCGAUCAGCCUGCCUUUUGGCUCCCCUGGGCCCUGGGAACGGGUGUCUCGGUGUGACUGUUCAUUCACCUUUUAUGUCAUGUGUCGUUUAUCAGCUCUUCCCACAAAGAUGCCACAUGGGGUUGCUAUAGUAUUUGUGGUUCUCGGUGCUCGAUGGGAGAUAUUUCUGAAACAGUCUGACUGCGACGGCCAUGAAUGGGUCAAGGGGUGUAACUGAUCUAGUGCCCGAGGUAUGCACCACUUGAUUUGAUCGCAGAUCCACCACAUAUCGCCACAAGGAAGAUGUGUCUGCAAUGAGUAUUGCUGGUAUUGCUCGUAUUAUAGAAGCCAGAUUAUGUGUAUCAAUGUCCGGCCUACAUUGGAGAUUUGCCAGUGUCCUUCCCCGACGAC